AUGCAGUGCUUGGCGCUUUGCCUCUUGGCUGUCCUUGCGCAGGCAGCAAGUCAGCCAGCCAAUGGCAGCUGCAAUUUGCAGGCGGUGAAGGCUGGCGUCUCCAGUGUGGCGAAUGGCACGCAAUCUCCCGCGCUGUCCUUUGGAUGUCCUGAACUUUGCAUGUGGGACACCGUCAAUGCCACCAAGCGUGUCUUGCUGAGUGGACAUGUGUACCGCUGCUCUCAACUCAAGAGCUUCGUGGAAGAUGAAGCGGACUCUCGCGAUUGCCUUUCGUUGAUCGAUACGCUGGCCCCCCCUUUGCUGCAUUGGUGA